UGAGCAAUCCACGGAAUGCAUCCUCUGGCAAACGUGUGGAUACUGAUCAACAGCGAAGGAGCAUCUAAAAACACAAAAUCAUCUGUCUUGUGGAUUCAGUUUACCUUAAAACUUAGUGCGGCGCAUGGAUAUGCACUUUGACAGGCUUCAUUGCCAGCUGAGCUGUCGGGUGAAAUGGUUGGUGAGUUGGUCGUACGAUUUCAACGGAUAUAACAGGUUUUUGACAGUGCGUGGGUACAACUGUUUGUUCAAUUCAGCUUUAAGCCAUGUGUGACUAUUGAUUUCUCGAUGGUGAUUGGACGCUGUGAGACCAGUUUCAGUUCUGUUGAGCUGCUUGGUGGGAUGCGUGGAAAAUAAAUUGUGUGUCCCUGUUCAAGGAUUUCACUGGAGAGAUUAGAACUUGUUGAGAAAACUGUUUGGUGGAGUCGUAUUUUCUUGAAUCUAAGCAUGGCGCUUUAUAACUCGAUGGUGCUUUGGCCGUGUUAGAGUUGUUUUCAUUCUCUUUAGCUGCCGGUCUGGUUUGCAUGGAAAGCAAAUUGUCCAUCCAUUUUCAAGGAAUUCGUUGAAAAGAUUGUUGAGAACUUUUAAACAAGUAGUUUUGUGGAUUGAGUUUACCUCAAUUCAUUACGGCGCUAGGCAACUCUUUGGUAAUUGGGCGCUGUGUGACCGGUUCAUAUGUUUUGCCAGGUGAAACGAUUGGAAAAUUAAUCGUCCGUCUGAGGAGUUUGCGGUAUUCUUUGUUAAGGACUGUUAGAAACGUAUGGAUACGACAACUGUUGCCGGAAUAGUAGUAAGCGCCAGUUUGUCCGGGAGAUAUUCAUAUUGAUGUUGACAUCUUAUGGCUAUGUUGAGAGGAGCUGACGUCAGGCUGUCAAUUUCACACUGCCAAUAGAUUCAUCACUGUCACUCUAGACUAGAUUGGCUAAAACAAGUUUCCAUGUUAUAUUUACAGAUAUGAGAAAAGAAUGGGCAGUUACUUGAUAACGCCAUUUUGAAAGCAAACAGAGCUAGCCCCACCUUGAAGAUAGAAACAGAGACAACAUCAGAUACGGUGUGACAAAGACUUCCGAAACAAGUACAUCACGACGUCCACAGAUUACAGAGAGAAAGAGGUUUUACUUGUGCAUCAUUCAAGCAUUCAAGCUUAAAAUUUUACGAUUUGGAAAUAUUUUCAUCUGAAUUGGAAUCUAGGUAGGUGAUAAGACAUAGCUAUCUUACUAAAGAGAAUAUUCAAUUAAAUGGAAGACAAAUGCGUGAAUUAGGAUACGCGUAGUACGUGAAUUAGUCUACUCAGUAUACGUAGAUUAGGAUAUGUAUAUGUGGAUUAGGAUACUCAUGCGUGGAUUGUAGUAUACGUACGUGGGUUAGGAUACGAAUACGUCGACUAGAGUACGUAUACGUAGAUUAGGAUACGCAUACGUGGAGAAGAGUACCCAUACGUUGGUUAGGAUACGUUUUCAAAAGAAUGUAGUGAUAUGUAGUAUAUUGUAGUUGAUUGCAUGGUUUGGAUAGUAAAACUACAAGAAGCCGAUUAGAUUCGAAGUGCUUUCCAAUAAUAUAUUUAGCAUCAUUGAGUCAUCAAGACUUUGCAACUGGAGUGAAAUAAGCUUACAAGGGAAUGUAACGAAGGAAUCGAAUUAAAUGUCUAGUUGGAAAUUCGAUGCCUUAGUGCAGGAAUACUAUAAAUAAUUUCAUCAGGAUUUAGUGAAAAGGCAACAUAAGAAAUAAUGGAUUUCGAAAACGAGACCUGCCUCGGAAAGUUUACAAGGACAGUCCUUGACAACGUCACCUUGGCAACAAUUUUCAAAUUCGAACAUCUGGCCGCCUAUAUUGUGCCGCCAUUUUUUGGUAUCAUAAUUAUCAUAGGAAUUGUGGGAAAUAGCCUCGUUAUUUAUGUCGUGGCCUCAAAUAAGAGCAUGCGCAAUGUGACAAAUAUUCUCAUAACGGGUCUGGCACUCGCUGAUUUGUGCUUUUUAAUCACGUGUAUUUCUAUGCGGACAAUUCCAUACUUCACUUUAAAUUGGCCACUAGGUGACGCCAUGUGUAAAAUUGUGCAGUUUCUAACUUUCGCAUUGGCUUAUAUAAGCAUUUAUAUCCUUGUAUGGAUGUCCAUCAUCCGGUAUCUCGCAAUCUCGUGCCCGUUGGCAUCCAUUAACUUUAGGACCAAUAGAAACGCGUACAUAGUCUUAGCAGUAACCGCGCUUGUUAUUUUCGGUGCGAACGUCCCCGUCCUAGGUAUCUUCCAUGUUGAGCUUUACCACGGCUACGGUGACGAAAGGCUCGUAUGUAUCUCAAACGUCUGCACGAACGAUGAAAGGAAUAUCCUGGCCGUAUUUUUCGUUAUUGGGUACCUCGUCCCCUUGACCCUUAUCUUCGUUUUAUACGGACUUAUACUCAGGACGUUAAUGAAAGCAGGUGAACUAGGGGCGGGGUCGUUGCGCAGUACUACAUCAAAAUGGCGGGCGGCGCGAAUGGUGAUCACGGUAGUUUUAACUUUUAUGCUAUGUUGGCUGCCGGCAGAGAUCUUAUUCAUUAUAGAAUUUCUAGAAAACAGGCCCGUCAGCAUUCAGUGGUUGUUUCUACAAGUCUUUGCUCAGGUGUUCGCCUAUGCGAACAGUUGCAUCAAUCCAAUUUUGUAUGCGUUGUUGUCGGCAAAUUUUCGCAAGGGAUUCCGUAUUGCUCUUUUCCGUACGUGCCGAAUUGGGCGAAAACUCAAAACCUACAACAGUGGAAAGAAUAGCGAGAAGUAUUUCAGGAAAAACUCCUCGACCAGUGCUAUGACGUUAUGAAGGCAGAGGGUUUUAGUAUUUAGAUUAUUGAAAUUGUAGUGGAUGUAAAUAAACAUGAACUGAUAUAUUGGAUUGCAAAAAAAAGGUUUUGAAUGAAAACCAGUUUCAGCGUGCAUUAAUUGCACUGCCCAAAAGGUGUUUUUCGAAGAUUGAUGGUCGGAUUAUAGAAUACAAGUAAUACUUGCCUCUUGACCAAGUCAUUCGAAAGUUCUUUCAGCAGGAUGUGAUAAAACACGGAAUAAGGUAUGAGGUGGUAAAUUAAAGGGCCAUAUAGUCUCGAUCUGUGUUCACCAAUCAUGUUACUGUCAGUUGUUUUAGGGGCUUAAUGGGGCUAUACGUGUGCCACUUUAUCAAAAGAAACACUUCGUAUAGGACGGAGGAUUACAGCAUUCAGUGACAGUGAUCGGCUUACGUGCAGCGCCAUUUGGUAGGUACUGUUACAAAAGGGGCGCAGUUCCUAUUCCUUAAUCAGUUUCAAGUAGUGGCAGUGCCACCUAUAGGCAAUCUACAGUUGAUCUAGCAAGAGGUGAAUAAUACGGCCACAAUGAAUGUCGUCCGUUCUUGAUAUCAAUUACAAUGUAAAUUGCUUGUUCUGCCUUAUGUAUGACCAUGAUACCACUUACUUUCAUUAUGUAUAGGUUAAGGACCAAGAAUAAAAUACAUAUAUAACUGUAGUUCUCAAUCCAUCCGCUAGGACGAUUAAUUAGGUCCAAACA